AACACACGGCUGGGAUCUUUGUAAUAACACAACGUCACACCGUAAAUUUACGAUUUCUUUACUUUCCCGUGUAGCUUGAAAUGUUUGCUCUGGAUUCGGUUUAAUUAAGAUCUGGCAUUGCAUUUAGUGCACGUUCAUUAUUUUUCCGAUUUAAAAAAAAAAUCACCUUUAAGCAUCAGCAGCCAUAAACCCGAAGUCAACCAGCAACAAUUCCCGCAACAGCCAGACAUGGAGAAGACCUGACGAGAGCCAAGUGUUUUUUUAUUUCUGAAUGAACAGGGAUUAAUUAUCUCCUCCUAUUGGUCUCUCCUUAUAUUGAAAUGAAUUUCCUGCGCAAUCGUCUCGUUGUGCUGGGCCUGGUGUUGUUGGGCACUGUGCUGCUGUACCUGCUGCUGCCGUCCAUUCGCCCGGACACCAUGGAGCAAUCCUUCGAACCUCAGAGAACUGGGCUGCUGGUGGCCGCCGCUCCCCCUGGGCCCCCGACCCUCAAUGUGUCCGUUCGCACCGGACAGCUUCCUGGUGACCCCCCGCUGUUCUUCCGAGAAGCUUUGCCCGUGGAUCGAGACGGGCAGCAGAUACUGCCAAAGCUGCAGAUGGUCCUUCUGCAUGGCCAGGCCUUUACCUCCAAAACCUGGGAGGAACUGGGAACCAUGGCCGUGCUGGCAGCUAAUGGAUAUCAGGCCUUAGCUAUGGACCUGCCAGGUUAUGGGAAGUCGCCAGACUCCGAGGCUCUGAAGACGGAGCAGAAUCGGGUGGACCUCCUCUCACGGUUCAUGGAGUCUCUGGGCGUCAGGGCUGCUGUGCUUCUGAGUCCCUCCAUGAGCGGCCAUUACUCCAUCCCCUUCCUCAUGAAGAACAGUGCACAGCUGCGCGGCUUCGUUCCUGUGGCACCAGUUGGUACCCGGAGCUACUCUGCUCAGCAGUACAAGAAAAUUCAGACUCCCACUCUGAUUGUUUAUGGCGCCUUGGACACGAAUCUGGGUGCCCAGUCUCACAAGAACCUCAUCCAGCUCCCUAAACACGAGGUGCUGAAGUUAGAAGGAGCUCGGCACGCUUGUUACAUGGACAAACCCCGCGAGUUCCACCAGGGUUUAAUCAAAUUCCUCGACAAACUCAAGCAAGAUAUAUAGCGGAGGAGGAGAAGGUAUAAAAGAUGGGAACAAAAGCUGAGAAGGGAAAGGCAAAGAAAAUCCGAUUUUUCAGAGUUUUCGGAAAUUUCUGGAAGUUCAUUUUAUUUUCUUAUGAACCCUUGAAUUAAGAUCACGGGUAUCGGAUGCGAUUUGGAAAAUCACAUCAGAUGUCACCGUUAUGUAAGUAACGGGAUUUAAAGUUAAAUGGUUCUGGAAAUAUGAGACCAGCUUAGCAUAGCUUCUCCGUUUACUCUUGAAAAAUAAUAAAGCUAGCGAUGUGUGUAGGUGGAUGUUUAUAUGUGUGUCCUGUCUCUGGUAACUAUUAAAGACAUGUCAUGUUUUUGCUCAUAUGUUAAUAUUUUAGUAGGCGGAUAACUGUAAAUAUGUAAAUGUUGCUGUUGGCUGUAUUUAAAAGAUUUAGUUGUACUCCGACUAACACACACAGUAAAAACCAUAAACUAUGUCCGCUUCCAACAGAAUUCGGGAAAUAAACAUGUUAAAAUUGUUAAACAAAAGCAUAUGUCGUUGAUAAAGUUGCAAUAAAUGUGGACAAUCAAUGGAAAAAAAACAACAAUAAAUCUUACAACGUAUAUCUUAAAGCUGCUUGAAAUAGAAAAAAACACUACUGCGUUAUUUAUCUUUAUGCAAAAUGUUAAGAGACACUGAAAGUUUUUGUAAGCCUUCCUGUUGUUUGUGUUCUGUAAUGUGUGAAUUCAGCUGAAAAAGACUUGUUCUGUGGAUCCUUACAUUCACAGAUCACUGUUGUUUACAUCGAGAACAGAGCUAAACUAAAAUGUUUUUUCUUUUUUGUUGCUGCUAAGCUGUAGUUCCCAGAAAUGCAUUUAAUUUUGCUUUGAUGUGUCUGUUCCUCUCAGCAGCUUCAUGUUUAAUCAGAUUUGGGGAAGCAGUUGGGACAUUGUCCAAAUAUUUUAUUUUUUUUAACAGUUUUGACUGAUAUAUUUAAUUUUGUGAAUAAGCUGAAAAUAAAUUUCAAAACAUUGAAACUGUGAA